UUACAUCGCACUGACAAGAGGGGCGACCAUUCCCUGAAGCUCCCAUCCAGGCGAGGGCCGCUGCAGCAUCCGCAAAGAGGGGAAUACGACUUCAAGAGCUUGGUUUUAAAGGUGGAAACGGACGAAAAAUGUCUUACCAAGGAAAAAAGAACAUCCCAAAGAUCACAAGCGACCGGCUUCUGAUCAAAGGCGGGAGGAUCGUGAACGAUGACCAGUCCUUCCAUGCCGAUAUCUACAUGGAGGAUGGCCUCAUUAAGCAGAUCGGCGACAACCUGAUCGUCCCUGGUGGGGUGAAGACCAUCGAGGCCAACGGGAAGAUGGUGAUCCCCGGCGGCAUUGACAUCCACACCCACUUCCAGAUGCCGUACCGUGGAACCACAACCGUGGAUGACUUCACCCAGGGAUCAAAGGCUGCUCUCGCCGGGGGCACGACCAUGAUCGUGGACCACGUGAUCCCAGAGCCCGGUAGCAGCCUGAUGGAGGCCUACGACCAGUGGAGGCAGUGGGCUGACGAGAAGGCCUGCUGCGACUACUCCCUCCACGUGGAUAUCACCCACUGGAACGACAGCAUAAAGCAGGAGGUGGAUUCCCUCAUCAAGGAGAAGGGUGUGAACUCUUUCCAGGUCUACAUGGCUUACAAGGACUACUACCAGAUGAGCAACAGUGAGCUCUAUGAGGUCUUCACCUUCUUGGCAGAGAGGGGAGGCAUCGCUCAGGUCCACGCUGAGAAUGGCGAGAUCAUCGCUGAGGAGCAGGCCCGCAUGCUGCAGAUGGGUAUCACUGGACCAGAGGGACAUGUGCUGAGCAGGCCGGAAGAGCUGGAGGCCGAGGCGGUGUUUCGUGCCAUCACCAUCGCCAGCCAAACCAACUGUCCUCUCUAUGUGACCCGAGUCAUGAGCAAGAGUGCCGCCGACAUCAUCUCACAGGCCCGGAAAAAAGGAAAUGUUGUGUUUGGGGAGCCAAUCACGGCCAGCCUGGGGACUGACGGGACGCAUUACUGGAGCAAGAACUGGGCCAAGGCGGCUUCUUUUGUAACAUCACCUCCUCUCAGCCCGGAUCCCACCACUCCAGACUAUCUGAACACACUGCUGUCCAGUGGAGACCUGAGCGUGACCGGCAGCGCUCACUGCACCUUCAGCGUGUCCCAGAAGGCCAUCGGCAAGGACGACUUCACUCAGAUCCCAGAAGGUGUCAACGGAGUGGAGGAGAGGAUGUCCCUCAUCUGGGAUAAAGCUGUGACUACAGGCAAGAUGGACGAGAACAUGUUUGUGGCAGUCACCAGCACCAACGCAGCUAAGAUCCUGAACCUGUACCCUCGUAAGGGUCGGAUCGCCGUGGGCUCUGAUGCCGACCUGGUCAUCUGGGACACAGACUCCAUCCGCACCAUCACCGCCAAGACACACAACUCGGCUGCUGAGUACAAUGUCUUCGAGGGCAUGGAGCUGCGUGGAGCCCCGCUCGUGGUGAUUUGCCAGGGGAAGAUCAUUCUGGAAGAUGGGAACCUGCAUGUGACCUCCGGCGUGGGUCGUUUCAUCCCCUGCUCUGGCUUCCCUGACUUUGCCUACAAGCGUGUGAAAGCCAGGAAGCAGCUGGCCGUCCUGAGGGCAGUGCCCAGGGGAAUGUACGACGGCCCGGUGUCCGAAUUCUCCAUGUCCCGUGGUGGUACUCCCUCCGCCUCGGCACGCACCUCUCCCACCAAACAGCCCGUCAGAAACCUGCACCAGUCUGGAUUUAGUCUAGCAGGUAACCCUGCACCAUGCGGUCCCCCUACCCCAGAUGACAUCCCCAUCAGGCCUGCUGGCCGCCGUAUCGUAGUGCCCCCUGGUGGUCGUUCCAACAUCACAUCCCUCAGUUAAACAGCAGGAGGACGAGGGGGUCGCUUCCAGAAAAGGAGAGCAGCCAGAGUG